AUGAGUACCGAAGGCGAAAACCUAUCCAAAUCGAUCAGUGAAGGGGUGCCAUGGACUCGGCUGAUCUCCGAGAAUCACGAAGAUCCGUGGGCGCCUUAUCAGCCCCUCAUGUGCUGUGCCAUGGAUGUGCGAGAUGCGCUCGUUUCGCCAAGAAAGGCCAUCUUGGGGACUGCACGCUACAUGAGGCUGAUUGGGAAUACGAGGAUGCAUUCCAGCGUCUCCGAAGCUCUCACCGGCGCAGCAAAGUGUUUUGCAUUGUCGUCCGAUGACGAGCGGAAAGUCAGUCCGAUUCCUGGUGAGCUGUACAGAACCGGCAAAACACUGUAUCAUACCAGCUGGGAGCUGCCUCUUGAGUUUCAGGAGAUCAAGACCGGAGAGUGGACGGUGCUGGUCGUGCGCAUUCGGACCAACUAUAUGCGGUCGUUAAACAGACCAGACGUACAGAGCCUUGGAUACGCUUUUGUUUCCGCUGACGACGAUGGAAAUACCAUAGCAGUCGACCUGCUCGGUUUUCUGGAGUCGGUUGCGGGAACGGACGCUGCUAUUUCAUCCAUGUCCACCAGGCUUGCAGAAAUCUGGGACAACGAAAUGAAUCUUCUCAGACAGGCUGUCGCCAAGAACGCCGAGAGGAGAUCCGGAGAGGAAGCGUUGGACACAGAUGUCGUCCGUGUGUGCGGUACCCAAGAGGUCGAGGAGGUCCUGAAGGUUAUGCAAGAGUAUAAAGUCCGACGAGAACGGGGUCUAGAGGGAAUCAGAGGUCUCAUGGCCGCUCACUAUAACCCAGAGCGGCGACGGAAAGUACCACCGACACAGAGGUUGAUUGAGCGAUGA